AUGUCUGACAAAAUCCCUAUUCUCGCUGCUAAUCGAGUGAGUGAUCAUGCAAAAAAGACUCUUGAUCUCGUUACAAAAUUUGUCGAGGAGAGAUGUAUACCUGCCGACCCCGUAUUCCACGCUCAACUCGGCGAGGGUACACAGAGAUGGGAUGCCUACCCAUCAGUAAUCGAAGACCUCAAGAAAGAGGCCCAGAGCCUCGGAUUAUGGAACAUGUUCCUUGCGAAAGCACAUUAUAAAGAAGGAGCCGGUUUCUCCAACCUCGAAUAUGGAUUGAUGGCAGAACAAUUGGGUAAAUCACACUUAGCAUCCGAAGCUACCAAUUGUGCGGCUCCAGAUACGGGAAAUAUGGAGGUGUUGGCGAAAUAUGGAAACGAGGAACAGAAGAGGGAAUGGCUUGCUCCGUUGUUGGCUGGAAAGAUUCGCUCAGCUUUCUUGAUGACGGAACCGGAUAUUGCCAGUUCGGAUGCUACAAAUAUUCAAAUGGAUAUGAGAAGAGAUGGGGAUGAUUGGAUUUUGAAUGGCUCCAAAUGGUGGUCAAGUGGCGCUGGUGAUCCACGAUGCAAGAUUUAUAUUGUUAUGGCUAAGAGUGAUCCUAACAAUCCGGAUCAAUACAAGCAACAAUCUGUCAUUUUGGUUCCAGCUGAUUCUCCUGGUAUCACAAUAAAUAGAAUGUUGUCAGUCUAUGGCUUUGAUGAUGCUCCUCAUGGACAUGGACAUUUGACAUUCAAGAAUGUUAGAGUUCCAGCCAAAAAUAUCGUACUUGGCCCUGGACGAGGAUUUGAGAUUAUUCAAGGUCGUCUUGGUCCUGGACGUAUCCAUCACUGCAUGAGAUCUAUUGGUGCUGCUGAGAAAGCUCUCGAUUGGAUGCUUAUGCGCAUCAAUGAUCCCAAAAAGACACCCUUUAAGAAGCAAUUGAAAGAGCAUGGUGUAAUUCUUGAGUGGGUGGCCAGAUCCCGAAUUGAAAUCGAUGCAGCUCGUCUAGUUGUACUCAAUGCUGCUAUUAAGAUAGAUGAAGGAGGUGCAAAGAAUGCACUAAAAGAAAUUGGCGUGGCAAAGGUUCUUGUACCAAGCAUGGCAUUAACGGUCAUUGAUCGUGCUGUCCAAUCAUUCGGAGGAGCUGGUGUGUGUCAAGAUACCCCUCUCGCAUCCAUGUGGGCAAAUAUCAGAACCUUGAGAUUGGCCGAUGGACCAGAUGAGGUACAUCUACAACAGUUGGGUAGAAAUGAAAACAGGAGAGGAGCGGAGGUGACUCAGAAGAUUCACAAGCAGAUGGAGGCUACGGAGGCCCUGUUUGCAAAGUACAGAGUUACACAUGUAGAACCUGGACCAACUGUACGGGAGAAGUCCAAGUUAUAA